UAUUUUUUUAAAAGGCUUUCUCGCAACAAAAUGUGACUCAAAUAAUAAGGCGCGGGGAGUUUCAAUUUUGUCAAAGCUUCCAUAGCACGAAGCCACAGAGUGAGUUGAAGAAGGAGAAGCCAUUCCUGUUAAUGGGGUCAGCAAGUCCGAAACACACAUGCCUCAAACUGGUAAUUUCUAAUAAGGAACAAAUAUUUGUGAAAGGCACAUGGUUCUCUUCUCACUUUGACCUCUUCAUCACUGAUGGCCUUCAAUCUUGGACUUGCCAUGCGUCGGAGGAAGAGGUUGAAGAGAGAGCAUCUCAAUGGGAUCAACCCGUUUCGGAGUAUAUUGAUUUGGCUGAAAAGUAUUUAGGAUUUCAACAGCCUGGUUCUGCUUAUGGGUUUGAUGAUGCUGGUACUGGGCAUAAAAGGCUCUCAUGGACAUUUGAGAAAGAAGGCACAAAGCUGGAAUGGCGGUGGAAAUGCCAACCGUCUUCUAAUAGCAAAAAAACUACAGCUGAUAUCUUGGACUUCCUCAUGGAUGCAAAUAUUAGACUGAGUGAUGAAGUUGUCAGUAAAACUGAGUCAUUUGAGAGGAUGAAGGUGGAGGCAGAAAAAUGUUUAACACAAAGCGAGAAACUCAGCAGAGAGAAAGAAGAAUUCGAAUCUGCAAUAUAUGCAAAGUUUCUUGGAGUUCUGAACUCAAAGAAGAAAAAACUCAGAGAACUUCGGGAUAAGCUCUCGAAACAAGGAACUGCUGUUGAAGAGCCAGUAGAAGAGGACGCACAAUCUACAGACAGAACUAAGACCUUUGAUGAGGGAAGUGAUGAGGAAAUGAGUGGGGAAGAAGUGGAGAAGGAAGAUGUUGGCACUUCAUCAAAAAAGGAUGAUGUUGGCACUUCAAAAGAUGUUCCAGCGGGAAGGGGUCGUGGUCGUGGUCGAAAGAGAAAGUAAAUAUCUAAGGAUCACCAUUAUAGCAUCUUUAAUCAUCCUUGUUUUUUUGCUUCUUUAUCUAACUGCUUCUAAUUAUACUUUCCUUCUAAUGGAGAAUGACUGAAUGAGGAUAUGUAUAUACACUGUUUGAACUAGUGAAUACUUCAAUCAUUUGGCUUUUGUGUUGUAUUA